AUGACCCAAAUGAAAUUGCGUGCGCCGACAACAAAGUCCACAGCGACAACGACUGCUGCGUUGCUAACAACCGAGAAUCCAGCGACAACAACAAAAGCAGCGACGCCAUCGCACAUAAUGAAAAUGAAACGGAAACGUAAAAUACCGGAAAUUUCAUUGCUAAUUGUAGCAAUUUGGAUUAACAGCUUCUGGCCGUGGCCUGGCGGUGGCAGCAGCGGUGGUGGUGGCGGCGGUGGUGGUCCAUUACCGCUCGUGUACUGCUCGCAUAUGUCCGCCUCAGCGGCUGGCGGUGUUGCCGCCUAUACAGUCGAUGCCGCACACCUGCACACCAGCGAUAUGCACAGUCAUCACUAUGAUGAUGAUGGCGGCGGUGGUGGUGGUGGAGCGGGUGGUGGUAGUAGUAGUAGCAUGGAAAAUAUGGCAAUGCAUGGCGGCGGUAUGCCAGAGGAAUCAGAGGAGCGCGAUCACAUAGCCCAUCAUUUUGAGAUGCAAAAUCAUGAAGAGUUACUGGAGGAUAUUCGGGACGACACUUCUGUGAACCUUAUACCUGAGAAAGAUUUACCAAAAUUUGGUGAGCCAUUACAAAAUGUCACGAUACCGGUGGGACGAGAGGCGAUAUUGCAGUGUGUGGUCGAUAAUCUACAAACCUACAAAAUUGCGUGGCUGCGUGUCGAUACACAAACGAUACUAACGAUACAAAAUCACGUAAUAACGAAAAACCAUCGAAUGAGCAUAACUCAUGCUGAGAAACGUGCUUGGAUAUUGAAAAUUCGUGAUGUCAAGGAGUCGGACAAAGGCUGGUAUAUGUGUCAAAUAAAUACGGAUCCGAUGAAGAGUCAAGUCGGCUACCUGGAUGUUGUAGUGCCACCCGAUAUUCUCGAUUAUCCAACCAGCACUGAUAUGGUAAUACGAGAGGGUUCGAAUGUUACGUUGAAAUGUGCAGCAAUUGGCUCACCAACACCGACCAUCACAUGGCGGCGAGAGGGUGGCGAGCCCAUACCACUGCCCAAUAACUCUGAAGUUAUUGCCUACAAUGGCUCCUACUUAACCAUUUCGAAGGUGAAGCGCUUGAAUAUGGGCGCCUAUUUGUGCAUCGCUUCCAAUGGCAUUCCACCGACGGUCAGCAAGCGAGUAAUGCUAAUUGUGCACUUUCCCCCAAUGAUUUGGAUACAAAAUCAACUAGUUGGUGCCGCUAUUGCUCAGAAUAUUACUCUCGAAUGCCAGUCGGAAGCGUAUCCAAAAUCCAUUAAUUACUGGAUGAAGAAUGACACAAUCAUUGUGCCGGGUGAACGUUUUGUGCCCGAAACCUUUGAGACUGGCUACAAAAUAACGAUGCGAUUAACCAUAAACGAUGUUGACAUACUGGAUUUCGGUUCAUAUCGUUGUGUGGCAAAGAAUUCGCUGGGCGACACAGAUGGCACAAUUAAACUCUAUCACAUUCCGCAAACAACGACAGUGACCACAAUAGCACCAACUGUGGCACUCAAUACUGUGCCGGUGGUGAUUGCUAAAUACAACAACAAAGAUCAACGUUUCAAUAAAAAAGUUCAUCGCACAAAAUCGAAUGCGGCAGACAUGGCAUCAUCAUCGCUGAAUAAUGUAUUUGUUGGUGCCACAUCGAGCUUAUGGAAUUCGCAGGAUCUCGGCACGGGGAGGGAGCAUCAUCAAUCGCCCGAUCACAGCAACUACCGCAGCGAUGCAAAAUCGGCCACGAACAAACACGACGCCGAUUCCCUGACCGACGACAAUGACGCCAUAAACGGCGCAGCCUGCACCACAACCAGCACGCAUGCGCUGCUACUUUAUGUAGGCGCGGCACUAUUUUUCGCAUUUCGCGUGCGGGUGUAG